AUGCGCUUCAGGAUUUAUGUCAAGACACAGAAGUGGCGCUAUAUCGUUCCCAGCUCGACUCGGGUGGUUGCCUAAGUGAUGGAUGGAGGUUUGUCAGAGGGUGUGGAGCCCGCACAGGGCGGAGAGGAGGGGAACGCAGCCACAGAGACGGAGUCCCCCAUGGACACCACGCCCCCACCUGCGGAGCAGACCGCGCCCGCCGAGGGUCAGGACGCUGCCGAAAACCCGGCCGUCGCGCCCGCCGACCCCCCCAAGGGUCCUGAGGAUGACGACGAUGACGUGGUGCUGGUGGAGGCCCCCACAUCUGGGAAGGAGCAGGUCCCCGCCCCCGCUCCCCAAGCCAGCGCCCCCUCAGAUGCCCCCGCCCCCAAACCCACAGACUGCACCGAGGAGAGCACCACGGCGACAGCACCCACGGCAACCGCCCCCUCCAAGACCCCCACACCUCCUCCUCCCACUCCUACUUCGACGACAGCGGCCAAGAGCCAGGACGAGACCAUCGUGAUCGACGACGAGGAGGACUCUGUGGAGCAGAAAGACUCCCCCUCGCUGCCAGCCGCGGGGGGCGCCGUCACGCCCUCCUCCGGGGGCGCGGCCCUGAGCAGCACAGAGCCGGAUUCGGAGAUCAAGAUCGCCAGCGUCACCACGCUGGGUGCGGCCGCUGCGGACGGCCCCCGUGCCGUUGCCACGGCAGCAGCAGUGGAGUCGGCGGGCCCCCAGGGAGACAUGACCCUGAGGAUCACCAGCGUCACGUCGCUGCAGAAGAGCAGUCUGGCAGGGGCGGGGUCAGGGACGGGGGCGGGGGCGGGGCCAGGCCCGGGGCUGGGGGAGGAGAACGGCCUGCAGAUCAGCAGCGCCUUCAGCCUGAACCCCGAGGCCCAGGGGACCCACUCUGAGCUCUCCGCCACCAGGACUGCCACCUUCAACCCCGGCCGAGUGAGCACCGCCCACGAGCCCAUCCAGAAUGGCGAGACCGGCACACUCCAGAGACCUGAUUCCUGCAUAUCCCAGUCGGCCUCUUUCCCCCGGAACCAGAAGCAGCCGGGCGUGGACUCCCCGGCACCGGCCGCCUCCCUGCCCAAACCGGUGGCCUCGUCCUCAGGGUCCCAGCAGCAGCCCCCCAGGACGGUGAAGGUCACCUGCGCCAACUGCAGGAAGCCCCUGAAGAAGGGACAGACGGCCUACCAGCGCAAAGGCUCCGCCCACCUCUUCUGCUCCACCACCUGCCUCUCCGCCUUCUCCCACAAGCCUGCCCCCAAAAAGAACUGCACUAUGUGCAAGAAGGAUAUCACCAGUAUGAAAGGAACCAUCGUGGCCCAGGUAGACUCGAGUGAGUCCUUCCAAGAGUUCUGCAGCACGGGUUGCCUGGCCUCGUAUGAGAACAAGCAGAACCCGCCAAAGACAGCCGUAAAGACCAAGUGCACCGUGUGUGGGAAAAUGACCGAGAUUCGCCACGAGGUCAGCUUUAAGAACGUCACACACAAGAUCUGCAGCGACAUGUGCUUCAACCGCUACCGCAUGGCCAACGGCCUGAUCAUGAACUGCUGUGAGCAGUGCGGAGACUACCUGCCCAGCAAGGCCUCCGCAAACCAUUUCCUGGUCAUCGACGGCCAACAGAAGCGCUUCUGCUCUCAGAACUGCAUCAGGGACUACAAGCAGACUCACGGGAAGAUGAUGAGCUGCAGCGGGUGCAGGGCUCCGUGCCGCUCCUUCGACGUCACUCAGUGCAUCGGGCCCAGCGGCACCAUGGAGCCGUACUGCUCCACCGCCUGCAUGGCCAAGUCCAAGAGCACCAGCAGCACCAUCACCGCCAGCAUCACUGCAGAGCCCACAUGUCAUUUCUGCAAAAGGAGCUCAUUGCCGCAGUACCAGGCUACGCUUCCAGAGGGGACAGUCUACAACUUCUGCAGCUCCGGCUGUGUCACCAAGUUCCAGAGCGCUAACAUGCAGAUGCUGAACGGACAGGCCCUGAACUCCUCCACAUCCGGCGGCGUCCAGCUCAAAUGCAACUACUGUCGUGGAGCCUUCAGCCUGAAGCCCCACACGCUGGAGUGGGAGAACAAAGUGUACCAGUUCUGCAGCAAGACCUGCUGCGACGACUACAAGAAGCUGCACUGCAUCGUCACCUUCUGCGAGUACUGCCAGGAGGAGAGGACGCUCCACGAAACGGUCAGCUUCUCAGGGGUCAAGAGGCCGUUCUGCAGCGAGGGGUGUAAGCUGUUGUACAAGCAGGACUUCGCCAGGCGGCUGGGCCUCAAGUGCGUCACGUGUAACUACUGCUCUCAGAUGUGCAAGAGAGGCGUGACCAAGCAGGUGGACGGGAUGCAGCGUGACUUCUGCAGCGAGACCUGCGCCAAGAAGUUCAACGACUGGUACUACAAGGCUGCCCGCUGUGACUGCUGUAAGCUGCAGGGGAACCUGACGGAGUCGGUGCAGUGGCGAGCCGAGAUGAAGCACUUCUGCGACCAGCAGUGUCUCCUGCGCUUCUACUGCCAGCAGAACGAGCCCAACCUGUCCACGCAGAAGGGUCCGGAGAACAUGACCCUGGGGUUUGGGGGACAGCCGCAAGGAACCAAAACCAUGAUAUAUAAUCAGACGGCCGUGUCAGCCUAUGCUGGGGGCGGGAUGCUGAAGGAUGCCAAAAACAAGGCAGUGCUGUGCAAGCCCCUCACCAUGACCAAGGCCACCUACUGCAAACCACACAUGCAGAGCAAGCACUGCCAGACAGAGGAGGUGGUGAAGAAGGAGUACGUUCCAGUGCCCAUCCCCGUCCCGGUCUACGUCCCCGUGCCCAUGAACAUGUACGCACAGGCCACGCCCACGCCUGUCACACUACCUGUCCCGGUGCCUGUCCCCGUGUUCCUGCCCACCACGCUGGACGGCGCGGAGCAGAUCAUACAGACCAUCACCGAGCUGAAGGCCAAAGUCCCCUCAGACCCCCUGGAGGCCGACCUGCUGACCAUGGCGGAGAUGAUCGCUGAGGCAGACGAGGAGAAGCCCCACUGCACAGAUGUGAAAUGUGAAGACGAGGAGGGCGAAGACGUGAAUAGGAAGGUGUUUAAAAGGGAGAGGAGCAGCAGCAGCUUGAGCGACGAGGAAGAGGAGGAAGAGGCUGACGACGAAGGGCCGGGCGGCGCCUAUGAGCCCAGCCUGGAUCUGGAGGAGGACUUUCCUGGAGUACCGGUUCCGGUCCCAGCUGUGGAGGACCUUGAGGCUGAAAUUGGCUUCACGUUGCCUCUGGUUCUGGGUGAGGAAAAAGAGGAGAAGCCACGACCUGCGGUUGAAAAGCAGGGACACAAGAGGAGAGCGGUGGAGAGGGACGCCUCGCCCUCGUCGCCCGGCGCCCCGCCCGAGGGCUGCUCCUUCCCCCUAAAGUCCAAGUACGGGGUGAACGCGUGGAGGAGGUGGGUGCUGGCCUCGUCGGACGAGCCCCGGGACGACAAAGCCAAGGAGCAGCUCAGAGAUGUGAAGCCGGUGAGGUUGAAGAAGAACCUCCUGUCCCUGAAAGUGGAGGAGCUGAGCAGCAGCCUGUCGCGCUUCGUCAGCGAGGUGCGCCGGCCCGGCGGGGAGCGCUACGCGCCCGACAGCAUCUUCUAUCUCUGCCUCGGCAUCCAGCAGCAUCUGCACGACAACGGGAGAAGGGACGACAUAUUCAGCGACCCCCAGUACCAGCAGUUUGGACAGGAGCUGAACAAGGUGCUGAAGGACUGGCAGCCCAGCGUGCUUCCUGACGGCUCCCUGUGGGGCCGGGUGGAGGAGCAGGCUCUAUGGAGCAGCAGUCAGCUGGGGCAGCACUCCCCUGCCACCCUGCUGCGCUCCCUGGUCUACCUCAACACCAAAUACUUUGGCCUGAGGACCGUGGAGCAGCACCUGCGUCUCUCCUUCGGCAACGUGUACGGCCACCGCAAGAUCAACCCGCACACCAAGGAGACUUCCAUCUGCAUCCGAAUACCUUCCAUUUCACAGGACCAGCAAGUAAAACCAGGGACGAGGAAGAGAAAACGCAAAGAGGAAGACGAGCCAGACUACGAGCCAGAUGAGGACUCAGGAAGCUCCACCCACUGUCCUGUCAAGAAGCAUGAGUGUCUGCUAUACGAGUUCUACCUCUCCAAGUGUCCAGCGGCUCUGAAGCAGAGGACAGACGUGUUCUACAUGAAGCCCGAAAUCUCCAGCAGCUCGGACAGCCCCCUCUGGUACAGCUCCACCCCCUUGGAGAGGACCGCCCUGGAGAGCAUUCUCACCCGAGUCCUGCUGGUAAAGGACGUCUACACCAAACGGGACCGCUCGGAGGAGGAGGAGGAGGAGGAGGAGGAGCAAGAGGACGACAGCAGAGAGUAGCCCUGGCCUCUCCUCCGCCAGGAGCACACUCUCAAGAGUAGGAAAGGGGACUGUGUUCCGUAUCGCUCCCUGCUUUCCCCUCUGCGAUGCUGAUCCCAGAUCAGUGCUAAGCCAGCAGUUGUUGGGGUCAGGAGGGAGAUCUCUCUGUGACGUGUGAGGGAGGGAGGGGCGGUGCUUGGAAAGCAUUCUGCGGCUGCUGUUUUUUUUUUUUUUUUUUCUUACUGUAGGGCAACUCUGGACACCUGAUGUAGCAUCAUUCACUACACCUGGUUUGGGUACCUUGGAUCUGUAAAUACUUUCAGAGAGUGAGUGGAAGAGGUUUUGCGUCGGAUGGCCUGAUGCUGAGAGACUCUCUAAAUUCUCCCUGACCCCCCCCAAAUGCCUUUUUGAAGAAACCCUUUAUUUAUUACUGAUUACUUUAGGUUUGUUGGAGCCUGGUUUUUCCGGCGGGACAUGAGAGCAUCCGAGUGGGAUUGUGCCAUGUGUACCUUUUCUUUCCUCCUAUGAGCAUUAAAACUGCAGCUACACCAGAGC